GGAUCAACAGGCACCUUCAAUCUUCGAUUUCACUCCUCAACUGAUUCGACUUGAUCCUUCUACGAACACCAAAAUGAAGCUCAUUAUCUUCAUCUCCAUCUUCCUUGGUCUUCUGGCCUCUUCGUUCGCCGUUCCUGCUGCUAGUGGUCUACCAUAUGGCUUGUCUGCUGUCCGUUCCGUCACCGAGUUGCCAUACCCAGUUAGCAAGAUGACCUUCCUUGGCACUCUUGGUGGUCAUGAUGUUCAGCUCAAUGGUUCUAUUGAGGAAAUCCAUUCUCAGAUGACUGUUCUCCAUCCCGAAUUCGACCCUGAUGCGCUCCUUGCGGCCAAGAAGCUCGCCAUUCGUGAUACCGGCUCUGAGUUGAUUGAAUCCGAGCUCGAGGGCCGUAGCAAGUCAAAUAUGAUCUGUUGCAACCCAGGUUCGUGGGGAGCCGAUCCGGGCAGAAUCGAGCAAGGAAUCGACUAUCUUGAUCACUUCAAUGGUCUUUGUGGUGUCCCUGCUCGUACCUGUGUCCGUAUUUCAUGCUCCUGGGGCUCUGCCAUAUACCUCUGCAACGAUAACUACUACGGAAUCACUCCAACCUGUCCGUAUAUGGCUUCAUAUGCCCAGGAUAUUCUCAACACUUGCCCUAUGUACUCCUGGACCGUCCAGACCUCGUACUGCGGCCAAGAGUUCGACACAGAUUCCUACAACAUUAUUGUCAGAGGUGACAAUUGUUAGCACCUGAUCGACACUUGAAUCCGGUGUUGGCUCUUUAGUAAUUGGUCCUUCCUAUGAACGAGGUUAACUUGAUUCGUUUUCUGGCGCAGUGUGUAAGAAUGAUAAAGUGGAGGCUAGUCUUUACUGGCUUGCUUGGGAGAUAAUUGCAACUCGGGUUGGUGUCAUUGACGAUAGU